UUCGAUUUUCCGUAUUUUUUAAUUUAAAUAAUUACCGCCUCAAGCGGAAAAAAUUUCCGUCUUCUUUGUAUAGUCCCAUGUAUAUUAUACGAGAGGAAAUCUUGUCAUGGAACGAUUCUAAAAAGAAUGUAACAGGUUCAAACAAUUUUCAUAUAUCUCCCAACAAAAAUCCAAUUUAUAUGUUUGGUUGUCUCCACAUAAAAGUAUCAUCAAAAACUGGAGAUUUUGAUUUUGGUUUAAGUUCCAGCAGAGAAUCGGUUGAUUCGUCAUGGUUUACAUGGAUAAUGUCAAUUGGACAAAUAUUCAAAACGAAAGUUUCUUCAAGUUCGGUGACUAAAGAGAAUUGUGUUUCCCCAUACAAUGCAAUAUUUCUUACAAUUAAAACUCAUGAACAAAAUCAGACGUUUGAUGUGGAAACUCACUUAAAGUAUAUUGACAUGACUUGUUGUGUGUUGUUUAUUAUUGGCAUCACAAUGUUCUACAUGGCGUCUGCUAUGGCAAGUUCUGUUGUUUUCUACUACACUACUGGAGUAAGCAUUGGUGUCAUUGGAUCUCUUAUUGUUCUUGUGUUUAUUAUCAGCAGAUACUUACCCAAGAAACCAGCAGCAUACGGGACACUUAUUUUUGGAUGGUCUUUCUGUGCUUGGAUAUUUACAAAGAUACAAAACAAUUUAUACGACCUAAUUAAAAACCAUUAUCUAUUUUGUCUUGGUUAUGUGUUUAUAUCAGGUUUUAUAAGUUUCGCUGCAUGUUAUAAACAUGGUGCUAUUAUUGAUCGGCGCUCUCAGGAUAUAAUCCAAUGGUUCAUACAAUGUGUAGCGUUGUUACUGAUAUACAACGCGAGUCAACUUCACAAAGUCUCGCUGUCAAUCAUCACAAUUAUAAUGAUUACUGAAGCGUGGAGAGUACCUUGGUGCAAAGCAUGUUUGGUUUGCAAUUUGUUAAAAAUCUUAAAAGAAUAAUUACUCAAUUGGAUGCUUGGUAGUUAUGGUGACCCUCCUCCACCAAAACUGUUGAGCGAAGAUGAAUAUUAUAUUCAGGGAAAGAUAGAAACACAAAAAGCACUUGAAGAAUUAAAACAAUACUGCAGGAGUCCGCAGUGCUCACCAUGGAAAACAUUGAAUAGAAUUGAUUCCCCAAAAAGGUUUGCAAGUUUUAUUGAAGGAGACAGCCACAUAUUAGAGUCCGAGAUGACAUUGUAUGAAGAGGACAUGCAAUUAUUGAUGGAUGAGGAGCAAGCGCUGAUUGAUAAUUUUAUCUCAGAGGAUGAAAGUGAAGAUCAGAUCAAGUUAAAUGAUGAAACAACAGAAGAGGACAUGGGUUUUGCAGAAGAUGUCUAAUAUUAAGUGACCAUGAUAAAAUAUUUAUGCUACUUUUUGCAUAUGGCUGCCACCUACCACUACAUGUUGAUGUACGACAUUUGACAAAAGACUUCACUACAAAUUUCUUACAACAUUCUGUGAUGUGAAGAAGAUAUAUUUAUCUUACUGUGUCGUUUCAUUGUGUUUUUUUAAUAAAUUAAUUUCAAUUUAUUCAGAGUAUUUAAGCCAAACUUUCUUAUUAGCCAGUUAUCCACCACAUGUAUGUGCCCUUGUACAUUAUUUCCAUACAUUUUUUUGC